AUGACCUCCGCGCACCCGGUGUUGACACUGAUCAACCGUUGCGACGCCCUCGCGCAGCAGUUCGACACGACGUUCGCGGCCUCGUGCAAGUUGCUCACCGACGUGGCGAACGGCAACAUCUCGCCGUCUGGCCCGCAGACGAUGGACGAGGCGCUGAUGGCGCUGCGCGAUACGCUCGAGACCUGCGAAGCAACGGUCUCGCAGAUGCAGGGCUGUGUCUGGGAAGAUAUCCCGCACUUGCUGAACCAGCUGGACAGUGGCGGCGAGGCCGGUGUGGGCAACUGGAACCCGAGGCAGGCGUUGACUGACAUUUCGGAGCUGUUUUACUCGUACUCGGACCUGCUGCUCAAGAGACGCGAACUGCUGGCCGACUUUACGUGCGAAGAAAUCUCGCCCGCCGAGUUUGUGCGCAGCUGGACCAACAUAGACUCGAACCUGGCAAUGCAGCGCAAACAGCAGGUCGACGACCUGGCCGACCUCCUGGCUGCAUUCUAA